CCUCUCUGCUCCCUCUCUCCCCCUCUCUCUCUCUCUCUUUCCGUGGUGCUGGCCGAAGGAUCAUGUGUCUGUGCAGAGCGUGUGCAUGAGUUGCUCCCGUUGGUUUUCUUUUCACGGUUUUUACGCUAAAAGUUGUUCAUGCACUGAACGUUUCCAGCCACUUGCGCUGCUGAGGUCUACAAGGAGCUUGGUAUCAGAGAAGGAACCAGAAGGAACUGACCCUCUGCACCGACCGGCCGAUGUUGCUGUAGGAUCAGUUUGUCUCGAGCUGUAAGGAUAAUCAAGUGAGAGUCUGAGCCAUGGACACGGUCAUUCACUUUAUGAAUGACUCUGCAGAGUUUUACAAAUGGAGCCUUACCAUAGCAGACAAGCGAGUGGAGCAAUGGCCAAUGAUGUCAUCACCGUUACCUACUCUGGGCAUCAGCGCCCUGUACCUCCUCUUCCUGUGGGCGGGGCCUCAGUACAUGCAGACCCGUGAGCCAUUCCAGCUGCGCAAAACCCUCAUCAUCUACAACUUCAGCAUGGUGCUCCUCAACUUCUACAUCUGCAAAGAGCUGCUGCUGGGUUCCAGAGCAGCUGGGUACAGCUACCUCUGUCAGCCUGUUAACUAUUCCAAUGAUGUCAAUGAAGUCAGGAUAGCAUCUGCUCUGUGGUGGUACUACAUAUCUAAGGGAGUGGAGUUUCUGGACACAGUGUUCUUCAUCAUGAGAAAGAAGUUUAACCAGGUCAGCUUCCUGCACGUCUACCACCACUGCACCAUGUUCAUCCUGUGGUGGAUCGGCAUCAAGUGGGUCCCCGGCGGCCAGUCAUUCUUCGGAGCAACUAUAAACUCAGGUAUCCAUGUGCUGAUGUAUGGCUACUACGGCCUAGCUGCCUUCGGCCCCCACAUGCAGAAGUACUUGUGGUGGAAAAAGUACCUGACCAUCAUUCAAAUGAUCCAGUUCCACGUCACCAUCGGUCACGCUGCUCACUCUCUCUACACGGAGUGCCCCUUCCCUGCCUGGAUGCAGUGGGCGCUCAUCUGCUACGCUGUCACCUUCAUCGUCCUCUUCGCCAACUUCUACUACCAGACCUACCGCCAGCAGCCGCGGCACAAAUCGGCCAAGGCUGCGGCCAAUGGCGUCGCCACAGCAAUCAACGGAUCUGCCAAGGCCCCCGAGCACACGGAGGAGAACGGCAAGAAGCACAAGAAGGGAAAAAAGAGAGAUUAAAGAGAGGAGAGGAGGGAGGAGGAGAGGAGGAGUGAAGAGAAGAUGCAUUUCAGAGAGUAAACGUCUUGGGGACCACUGAAAGGGGAUUAGAUGAUUUUUGAUUGGCUGAAAAAGGUGAUGCAUUGAAUUUACUUGAGUUCACAUGAAUGUAUUACACUUACACAAGUAUUGCGACAAGUAAUGCGAUAAUUGUGUUAAUUGUGUAAUAUUUUUUAUUUAUGUGGGAUUCUACACAUUUUAAACAAGUAAAUUCAACACACUUUUUUUGAAUGCAUACUAUUUUCAGUGUGCAAACUCAAUAAAUAAGGUACACAGGGACUGA